AUGAUAGUACCCAGGAGUAGUGCUCUACCAGUUUUUAGGAGGACAUUUCUUCGAUGGGGAUGGGUAAGUUUACCCAUUCAGAAAACCGUACCUCAUACAUUGCGCAGGAAUCUUAGUGUCCCUUGUAGACCAAUGUCAAAAUGCCCUUUCCUACGACCUGUGGUGAAUAUGCAGUUGGCACAAACCAAAAGGUUUCACAGUACUGAGGGGGAAAAUAAUCAGUCUGAUGGAGGUAAAAGCAAAAAUAACGAUGGGAAGAAAAGUGAGCCACACGGAAUUAAAGGAUUGAUGGCCAAGUAUGGUUAUUCAGCACUAAUCGUCUAUAUCCUCUUAACCUGUGUUGAUUUGCCAUUAUGUUUCCUGGGAGUCCACUCAUUGGGUGAAGAAAAGAUUAAGAUAUAUUUGAACAGAGGUAAACAAUUGGUUGGGAUGGGAGAACCAGAUGAAAGCAAAGUCAUUGAAGAUGUUAGAAGGAAACAGGCACAUCGCGAAGCAGUGCAGGCGAAGAAUGCUGAUAAAGUCGAGGACGCAUCGAGAAAGACUUUCAAUGAGAGAUGGCAAGAGAUGAAGGAUAGCACCUUGUUGGCCGAAUUGUUAAUUGCGUAUGGCAUACACAAGAGUUUGAUUAUCGUUAGAGUACCCCUAACGGCAGUGCUAACGCCAUCCUUUGUCAAACUUCUACAGAGGUUUGGCAUCGAUUUAAUGAAGAAGCAGAAAAAGGUAUUCCAAACGAUGGCCUCUGGGGCCAAAAUAAGAUACAAAGGGAACAAUCCAAGCGACUUCAUCAAGAAUGAAGGCACAGUGCUUGACAUUACCAAGCGUAAACCAAAAACAAAGGGCCAGAAAUGGUUUGACGGCCUAAUGUGA